AUGCCACGGAUACCAACGUCGCUCAUCCGCAAGGCGCGCGCAAUCGAUCCCUACCUGCCUGCUCUUCUUGGGCCCUGUCGCGAACUGCAGGCCGCCCAGAACGAGCUUCGAUGGCUCCGCGAACAUGUCGAGAAAGUCGCGAAAGCGCGUCGCGCCAAAGGAGACACGAUAGCCAAGGCUUCGUUACUGCAACAAUUAGUCAAGGACAGAGCCGCCGGGAAGCCGUUGCAAUAUCUUUUGGGCACAGAGUACUUUGGCGACCUGGAGAUACGCUCCGCUUCAAUCACACAUCUCGCCGGUCUCCUACGACAUGCGGAAGAACUCCCAUCGGAAGUACGCAUACUCGACCUCUGCACCGGCACCGGCUGCAUACCCCUCCUCUUCCACCAUGAAUUGUCCUCCGCCUCCACCAAAGUGGACCUGCGUCUUCUCGGUGUCGACAUCUCCAACAAGGCCCUUGAUCUCGCGAGAUACAACCUCCAAAAACUACGCAAGACGCGACAACUCCAAGACACUGGUAAACUCGACUUCAUACAGGCGGACGUCUUGAUCAAUCCCUUUGACGACCAGACUGAAGGCGUCUUGUCGCUGACAGCUGCGCUCAAUUGGGCGGGACAACCAUCCUUCUGGGACAUUCUCAUCUCAAACCCACCGUACAUCUCGCCAGCUGCCUUUUGGCACACGACAACGCGCUCGGUACGCGGUUUCGAGCCAAAGCUUGCGCUAGUGCCUCCACGAAGGAUCAAGCAGACAGAUAAAGAGCAAGGCGAUCGCUUCUAUCCGCGGCUGCUCCAGAUCGCCAGAGAUGUAGAGGCCAAAGUCGUCCUAUUCGAGGUCGCAGACAUGGAGCAAGCGCUUCGCGUAGCGCAGAACGCACGAAAUCUAGACAUCUUCGAUGGUGUCGAGAUAUGGCGGGAACAUCCCGAUGCCACCGGGGACGCUACAACCGAGGAUGGCUUCGAGGUCGUUGGACAAGGCAACGCCCGAUCCGUUCUCUGCUGGCGCGGCCGUGGGACGUCCUGGCUUGGCAAAGCUGCGCCGCCAUCUUCACCACGCGACGAUGCGGAUCGUCUCUUUCGAAGCGCACACACCAAAACGAAAGAUGCAGAGGAAAAAGUUGCAGAGGUCACCGAGAAGCAGCGAUUGGAACCGCAGUUUGACCUGAGCUACUUCACUCAUACGAAGUACACUGAGCUUCCUCUCCGUCGACAGCCUAAUUGUCGGAUGCCUAACGAUGAUGAAUUGCGGAGAGAGGCAAGUGAAAGAACAGCUUCUUCGAUCAAGAGAGCGGUAUCUGAACUUGCGAAAGACAAGGACAGGUAA